AUGGAAAAUCCUUCUCAAAUCUCCUGUUCAGGCAACUGCCUCGUCCAUCUCCACUCCGCCGCCGGCAAAGCCUGGAUGUACCGCCACGCCUGCCCUAUCCCGCAAUAUGUUGGCCCCGACGGCAUUCCCCGCUUCUUGGUCGUCAAUCGCAAUAACGAAGAAGUAUUCCUUUCUGCCCACGAAAUCCGCACCUUAUUUUUCCUGAUCAGCAUAGCCAGCAUCGAACGCCUCUUCGGCAGCCCGGUCCCAAACCUCAUGGCCAUCAUCCCCAGCAACAUUAACCCCGUGCAGUAUCAUUCACAACUCUCCGCCGCCGCCGACGACGCAGGAGCUCGCAUUGUCCUUUCCAUCCAAAGGUCGGUUCUUGCCGCCUCCUAUUACGAAUCUAUCACCCCGGGAUGCAGAACCGUCCUCGUAUUCGAAUUCGGAGGUCACAUCCUUGAAAUCUCUCUGCUCACCGAAGAUCCGUGUCUAAAUAUUAGGGCCUCUGUUUCAGACAUGGGCUGUCCACUCUUCAAACACGUGGUUUCAGUGCUUCCUAUGACGCUCGGAAACGCCUUCACCAGUGACGCCGAUUCUCUCCAUAAAAUCCGAAAUGUAUGCGAGCGCGCCAAGGAAGCCCUAUGUUUGGGCUCGCGUACCGUGGUGAUUACGUUUGAGCGAUUAGGCAGGGAGACGAGAAUACCGAUCGAUCGGGAAUGGUUGGUGCGGAUGAAUCUCAACCAUCUUCGCAGCGGAAUCAUGAGGUGCUUGAUGGAAGCCGGAGUCAGGCGAGAUACCGUGGAUGAGGUCGUGCUCGCCGGGGCCUCCAGUAACAUGCCGGCGGUCCGAAGUGUUCUUCUAGAGUUCUUUCAAGAGCAGACGUUCAGAUGUAGCAUCGACCCUGCAAAUCUUAUCGAAGUGAGUUCCUUGAAAUGCAUGGAUAUCGUCUCCAAUGCAUUAAAUAUCCCUGUGGUUCGUUUUCAGGCUUUAAAUUUGGGGCUCUACUCUCUUUGA